GUGAUUUUCAUUUUAAGAGUCAUGCCCCAGUGACAUCCUUAUAUUCUGCAACUGCAAUGACAUAAAACUUUGAAGUUGUGUGUGCAAACAAAAUAAUGCAAAAGAAGAACACAAAUAGGAAGAAAAAAGAGCUACAUAAUUACAGCCUUCAAUGAUAAAACUUCUGACUCUAUCUGACUCACAUGAGUUACCAUAAAUCCUUUUAACUUCUCUGCACUAAAGAAUUUAUCUGUCUCGGUUUAUAUCUCUUUGUUUUAGUUCAUUCUCCCCUCAUUUCCACUUUCAAAUAGCAUUUGUGGAGUGGGAGCACGUAGUGUGGAAAACACUAUGCACAGUGGUAACACGGAUAAAAUCCAUUAAUUAAUUAAAACUAGUGGUCUUUGCCAUUUUUUGGUUACUGAUUUAAUACUAUAUAAAGAGAUCGGGUUUAAGGCCUUGGCAGUGUGUAAAUCAUCAUUCUGAGUACAUUGGAAUUAACCAUGAGAGGUUUUUAUCUUUUUCUCGGUUUCGGUCUUUUGGCAGUCAUCUCAUUUCUUGGAGAAGCUAAUGCUGCCAAAUUAGGAAACUAUAUUGUGUACAUGGGAGGUUUACGUUCACGAGAAGGUGACCAUGCUCAGCUUCUGACCUUGCUUAAAGGAAGGAAAAAGGAUUCUGUUCUACAAAUCUACAGAAACGGUUUUCUGGGUUUCGCGGCUCGAUUAUCGGAAGCAGAAGCAAAAUCCAUGGAGGAAAGCCCUGGAGUGGUGUCCGUUUUCCCUGACCCAAUUUUACAACUCCACACGACUCGUUCAUGGGAUUUCCUCAAAUACCAAACCGCUUUAAAGACUGAUGCUAACAUCAUCUCCCCUGCAGCCUCAGCUGACACUAUCGUUGGCAUCUUAGAUACAGGUAUUUGGCCGGAAUCCAAGAGUUUCACCGAUCACGGCAUGAGCCCCGUCCCGUCACGUUGGAAGGGCACAUGCAUGGCCGGCGACAAUUUCACUUCGUCUACGUGCAACAGAAAACUCAUCGGUGCAAGAUACUACACCGGCACAAGCUCGUCGAAAAGAACUCCCAUUCCCAUGGGGACCCCACGUGACGACGUGGGUCACGGCACCCACGUGGCCUCGACCGCGUCCGGAAGGCCCGUCUCGGGUGCUUCCUACUACGGCCUCGCCAAUGGGACCGCUUUUGGCGGGUCCACCGAGUCGAGGAUAGCCAUGUACCGCGUGUGCACAGCUAGCGGCGGUUGUCUCGGGUCCGCCAUUCUCAAGGGGUUCGACGAUGCUAUAGCGGACGGAGUCGACGUGCUGUCCCUGUCCCUGGGGUCGUCCCCUGGGGAGCCUAACUUUGUAUCCGACCCUAUAGCUAUCGGUGCCUUCCACGCAGUCGAGAAGGGGAUUGCAGUUGUGUGCUCGGCGGGGAACAGUGGGCCCGCGCCGAAGACUGUCGUUAACGUAGCUCCGUGGAUACUAACUGUGGCGGCGACGACCAUCGACCGUGAUUUCGAGACGAGGGUCGUCUUGGCCAAGGCGGGUGUGGUGAAGGGAGGAGGAAUCAAUUUAUCGGGUCUCAAUAAAUCGGCGGUUUAUCCAUUAGUGGACGGGAGUAGCGUGCGUUCGGCUUCCGGACGUGCUAGUGAUGCAAGUGUGGAUGAGAAAUUUCAUCGCAUGCAUGGCACCUUUUGUAGCAAUUGUAUCCUAGGUUCAUUAGAUGGCAGCAAAGUGAAGGGGAAAAUUGUGUUGUGCAAAAACGAGGAUAGACUCUAUGGAACGAAAAGCAAGUAUACGAUGUUGAAAAGCCAAGGUGCGAUCGGGAUGAUCCUGACGGACAACAACCAGAGGCAAGUCCCAUCCAAAUACGGGAUUGCACCCAUUGCUAUUGUAAAUCAAAAAGAUGGAGAUCGAAUAUUAUCUUAUAUAAACUCAACCAGCAAUCCCAUGGCCACGAUUCUACCAACUGUGGUGAGGCACAAUUACAAGCCCGCUCCAGUUGUUGCCUACUUCUCUUCAAGGGGACCUACCUAUGGUAUUAAUAACCUUCUCAAGCCUGAUAUUGCAGCACCAGGAGUAGCAAUUCUAGCGGCAUGGCCUUCAAACGACAAAAAAGAGGCUAUCCCGGAUAAGGAUCCACCGCUGUUCGACAUAUUGUCGGGCACAUCUAUGGCUUGCCCACAUGUUUCUGGACUUGUUGCAUUUGUUAAGUCUCAAUAUCCCACAUGGAGUCCUUCUGCUAUCAGAUCAGCUAUAAUGACAACAGCAAUCCAGACGAACAAUCUACAUGCCCCAAUCACUACACAUACAGAAUCUCGAGCCACGCCUUAUGACAUUGGAGCAGGGGAAAUCAGCCUAUCGGGCCCAUUGAAGCCCGGUCUCGUUUAUGAGACAAAUACCACAGACUACAUAUUGUUUCUUUGCAACUUUGGCUACGACGCAUCCCAAAUUAAAAGAAUAUCGUUGACAGUUUCUAAUAACUUUUCCUGCCCAACUAACUCAGAUCCAGAUUUGAUCUCUGCCAUGAACUAUCCUUCAAUAGCCAUAUCCAACUUAAUACCGGACGAAAGCAAGACAGUGAACAGGACAGUGACUAAUGUCGGUGAAGAAGAAUCGACCUACACGGCCACCUUAGAAGCUCCUGAUAUCUUGAAAGUUGAAGUUAUUCCCAACAAACUCGAGUUCACCAAGAAUGUGAAGAUAUUAAGCUUUCAGGUGAAGUUCACGGUCACUGGACCUUCUCAGGAAGACUUGUUUGGAUCCUUUACAUGGUCGAGUGAGAAGUAUCGACACACGAAGAAGCCAGGAACACGAACGAGUGGCGGGAUUGCGACGGUCGUGUGGUGCGUGGAGGUUUCCAGUGUCGUCGUGAUCGGGUUGUGUGGUCGCGGCGGUCGUUCGUCGGCUGUCGUGUGGCUCGCGGUGGCGGUCGGCGGUAUCCUUCAUGAACUCACUUCGGGGACAUCAUCAAUCUAG